ACUAAGCGACCUACCAAAACAAACAUGGCGGUGGUGUGGGCCAGACUCGCCUUCAUAGCGGGCAUCAUCUCCCUCUUCCACGCCGGUUAUUCCGCGGCACAACACCGUUCCUACCUGAGGGUGACAGAGCAGGAGUACACAGCGCUGCCCACGGAUAUCAGUGUCCAGGGCCUCCUGAGUCUUCUGUUAGCCAUGUAUGGAAUCCUUCACAUUGCCGGGGACUUCAAAGAAAUUCGAGCAAAUGUACAGCUUCAGAAUAAGUCUUGGGAAACAGUGGGGAACCGGCCAACCUUCUACAUCUUUGCUCACCGGGGCCGGGCGCUGAGUCCAAACUAUGUUCCUCCCCGGGCCAAGUCUCCCCAGGACGGCAUCGAGACCCUUGCCUCCUAGUGGCCCUGGCGCCUGCCUCGGCAGUCUUUCUACUCGCCUUCACUGUUCCCCGCCCUUUUUAAUCUUCUUAAGGGGGUGCAGUCCUGCUGUACCUGUGUUGUGUCAAGGACUCUGCAGUGCUGCAUUCAGAGCCCACCCCUCAGGACACAGAUCCAAGUGUAAUUUAUUGUACUAGUCCUUGAGACCUUUGUCCUGAAGGUUGCCUGUGUGAGGGAGUAGGUAAUGUGCACUGGUGGGGUCUCACAGAAAAAGAAAUUUCUUUCAACAAAAUUACUAAUUUCCAAAUUUUCAAGAUUGCUCGAUAGGUGUUUCAGAACUCAUAUAUUUUGUAGACAUGUCCUGCACACAAUAAGACCCUCAGCAUUUUAAAUAUCAGCAGAAAGAAUAGUCUUCAGCAAAUAAAUUUGGAAACUUUAUCAAAAUUAAUUUAAAUACCAAAGUGAGGUCAGGACUAAAGGCUGAACUUUUGCCUGGUGAAGGAGCAAGCAUUAAGGGGCAGUGUGGAGAGCCCUGCAUUGAUGAGGCUCUGCAGGGGUGACUUUUAAUUGUUUGUUUUCCAAGUAAUUAAGAAUUGGUAGAAAUUAAACAAAAGAGGAUUAUAGUCUUGUGUAGUUGUACUCUGUUAGCAGUUAAAUUGUAGUUAGUUGUUUUUUCACUAGAAGCUGAUGCCACAUUCAUUACAUUGGAAUUGAGGAUAUAUUUUUUCUCUUUUUUUAAUAUUUGCCAGAGGGAGGGACAUUAUCAUUUUCAUUUGUUUAGAAUUAAGAUUUCUUCAUUUUUUGUUAUAUGUAUAUUUCAUUUUCCAGAAAUGUUUAUCGUAUGUGUACUAUUUACCUAGUUGUAGUGUACAGGGUUUGACUGAAGCUUUUAUUGUCCUGUCUUAAAAUCUGGUCACAUCAGACUUUACUUUAAGUUCCUGAAUAUUCUGAGCUGUAUCUGUCCACACCGAGACUAUUCCAAGUAUUAAUGAUUUCAUGGGGAAAGCCGGACUUAUUUAUAUCCUUUCUACAUCAGUUACGUAUAAUGUACAAGUAGAUAAGAAAUCAGAGCAAAGAGAAAGUUAUGCAUUAAAGAAUCCUGAGGAGUGCAUGAUUACAGAAGGUAUUUAUAACUACGAGUGUGCUGGAAAGACAGUGGGCUUGUUGAGGCCAGGCAGCCGGUGCCAGUGUGUGCAUUGUACUGGUGGCAGACUCGUCAUUGUUACAGGAAGUUUGUGUACAUCCCUGAGUAAACAAACUCACAAGACUAA